AAAUUUUUCCAAUGUUACACCGGAAUAACAUUAAAAAUAAAAUAUUUGAACGAAAUUCAUACAAAGCUAAUUUUUUUCAAAAUGAAAUUCUUGUAAAAUUCUUUAAAGAAACAUGUUAAUAUAUUAUUGGAUAUUUUUUCUUAUUUUUUUAUGUAUCAAAACAUUUGGAUUGUGGCUAACUACUCUUACUUUGUCUGUAAUAUUCACUUUUAUAAUAAGUGUUGUAUUUUUUGCCUAUUUUACUGUGGAAAAAGAUUGUGCUAAGUAUUUAAAAUCAUUAAAGGAACAACCUAAAAAUGAAAUUUAUAGUAUAUUUGAUAUUAAAACGAUUGACAAACAAGAUGAUGAUGAAGGGGGACAUAUUCAUCUGAGUGGCUUAGAACAUAUUGAUCAUCAAUUAUCUGAUAUAAUGGACUUAAUUUUACGUGAUUAUGUUUAUCCAUGGUAUGAUAAAUUAAGUGAUGAUGAAACUCUUCCAUAUCAAUUAAAUAAAUCAGCUAGUCAUUCGAUUUAUUCAAUGUCAAAAAGACUUCAACAAAUUGAUCUGCUUCAAUUUGUUUGUACUCAACUUACAGAAGAGGCAGCAAAACAUAUAAAUAUAUACAGAAAAGCAUUAAAACACAUAAUUUCCAAAUCUUCUAUUGAUAAUGAUUUAGAAAGUAUAUUCUUUCAAAAUGAACAAGAUGUUGACCGAUUAAAUACAUCUCAUGCAAAUGUGUGCUUAGACGAGGACUAUGAAAAAAAAUGGCUAAGAGACAUUUCUGAGGCAAUUUUAUACCACAUUGCUCCUGAAAAUGAUUUCAAGUGUCGAUCAAUGCGUAUUUUAAUGCGUGAGAUAAUAGCUAAUAAAUUAUUUAAUACUACUAUUAAUAUGUUCAGUAACCCUGAUUAUAUUAAUCAAUUAAUUAUUUGGCUGUGUAGUGAUUAUCCAAUUACUAAUGAAACAUUUCUCACUGUUUUGAAAUCUACAAAAUCUUCUCAGCAAUUAAACGCUGUUAAUAAUUUAGUCAAUAAAGAAAUAUCGAACUUGCGUUCAAGAGAUUCAGGAGAAUCAGAAAGUAGAGCAAAACAUCAACUGAGUAGUCUUAUUUUUCUAUCAAAUUUAAUUAAAUCAAUUGUCAGUAAUCUUCCUCAACAAUCAGACAGAUCAUUAGAUUUUUUACUGUCAUUUGAUAAUUCUGUGUCUUCCCCUAAAAAUGAUUCAUUAACAUUAAAAUGGAUUUUGGAAAGUAAAAACGCUUUACCAUAUUUUAUUGACUAUUUGACUUCCAUAAAUUGUGAAAGUUUCAUAUCAUUUUACAUUAAUAUUGAUGGUUGGAAACAAUUUGUACAAGAACAAAUGAAAAAUGUAACAAUUGAUCCUAGUCAAUAUACAUCUUCUGAACUAGCUACUGUUGAUCACAUUCGAGGCGAAGCAAAAAAGUUGUAUUCAAUUUACAUAUGUCAAAAGCCUGAAAUACAAGAAGAACUAGGAGAAAAACUUGUUAAAUCUCUUGCUAAAAAAAUUAAUAUUGACUUUGUUGAUGAAAAUUGGUUUGAUGAUGUUCAAAAUGCAUUAUAUAAAGCACUUUUAAAACCCGAAAAAGGAAUUAUAUCUGGGUUUGGUAAACAUGAAUCUUGUUCAAGACUCAUAACUGAUCUUGAAAUGAAAUCUCUGGGAUCAGAUAUUUAUGAAAAUAAUGAAUCAUCAAUAUCUACUACUGACUAUUUAUUACCUAUGGAUGCUGUACAACAACUAUUAAAGGGUACUGGAGAUAAAGUUAACGAUUUUCUUUCUAACGCAAAAGCAAUGAGUCCUAGUCAACCAGAAGAGGAUAAGUCAAUAUUAUCAGCAGAUAUAAUUGAAACUGGUCUAGUUAAUGAGGGUGGUAAAACUUUUGGAGUUUAUGCAGUAUCAAUAACAAGAGUCUAUAUGUCUGGAAAAGAAGAAAAUUGGCAUGUUUAUAAACGAUAUUCAGAUUUUUAUGACUUGUAUCAAAGAGUAAAAGAUAGAUAUGCAGAACUAGGUAAAUUAUCAUUUCCUGGUAAAAAAACUUUUCACAAUGCUGACAGGAGAGUUUUAGAAAAACGUAUGAUGAUGCUUAAUCAAUUUAUUCAUAAUCUAUUAAAAUCAUCAACUAUUGUUAACUUUCCUGGAGUUCAAAAUAUGGUUGAACAGUUUCUUGAACAAAGGCCAGAAGAUAAAAAAGCAGCAUUACUAUCUGGACAAAUUGUCAAAACAACAGUUGACAAUCUUUUAUUCAAUCCAUUAAAAGCGGUUGGUAAUGUUGUGAAAACAGUUCCUGAUAAUAUAUUCAAUACAGUUGAUGGAGUAAUGGACAAUAUAAGCAAAGUUUUGGGGCCUACUAAAUCUCAAAUUAGAAUAUUUGGAGAUGAAGAUGAUAAUUUACCGAUGCGCGCAGUAUUACUUUUAUUAGCUGAAGUAUUUGAAGUUGAUGAACAGCAACAGUGGCUUCGAAAGCGUUUUGUUAUAUUAUUACAGCAUAUUGUAAGAGCUUCUUUUGGUCAUAUAGUCAACCGAAGAUUUAAAGAAUACGUGACAACAGUUACAGAUCCAUAUAGAGUAUCAAUGUUAAUUGCUGCUAUAAAAAACAAUUUAUGGCCUGAUGGUGUUCGUGCUUCUGAAUUACAGUUUCGUGAUAGUGAAUUACAACUUAGGACAUUAGUAGCUGCUAAAUGUGCACUAUUAUCUUCAGUUUCAGAUGAGCUCAAGCAUUUAAUGGGUAAUGAUGUGACUCGACGUGGUAUUUAUCUAGUAGUUGUAAUGCUACAGCAUAAAACACUAAAUAAGCGUUUAGUUUAUGUUAUAUUUAGUGCAUGCCUAUUAUUAGUCUUUCCAAAUUUUAAUAGUCUCAUUGAUAAAUUACACAAAAAACCUCCAUUAUUGAGCAGAAGUUAAUUGUAUAUGAACCUACUAUAGUCUACUUAUUGUGUAAGAUACCUCAUGGAAUAAUUAUGUAAUUAUUUAGAUAUGUAACUAUUUUAAUAAAAUAUCCUUGUUUAACAGGC